UGCAGUAAUAUAAGAUUUAAAAUUCCAAAGGGAGUUAAUUUGUCAUUUUGCUAAAAAAUUUAUCCGCGACCAAGUCUGGGUUUAUCUGACUGUCUUUCAACUCCUCGGACAUUUUUGUUCAGUAUUGCUACGUACGUCAAAUAAGCAACUUCAAUAAAGGAGAAUACUUCAAUAUCCAUUGCUACCAUACACUGGAACAAAAUAUAGUAAGCAGAAUUACUUCAUUAAAUCCUGGUGGCAUUUUGGCAAUUGUUGUUUCGUGGUUUGGCACAAAUUCCCCAAUAAAAGAAAACUAACUUUCGAGAACUCAACAACAUAUUUUAGAAAGAAAAUAUUGUGUGAGAGAAGAUGUUGGAAUUUGGAAAGCGAAAAAUUGUAGCUGCUCCUUUAAUGUUUGUUAUCUUGCUGAUGUUUGCUGAACUGAAGGCAACUCAAAGCUUAACAGUGGAAAACGAGACAAAAGAUGAUGAAGAAACAGAACUAACAUGGAAGAUUUUUACCGACAAUGUAGCAGCAUACAGUUUAUUAUCAAAUUUGGAUCUGGAGUUGCUUAUUGAGGAAAACGACACAAAACCCGAGCGACUGAAAAGAUCAUCAUCCACAACUACCUACAAUCAGGUUCCAUUAGAGACAAUGAACACAAUACCAUAUAAUGCUGCAGUUCGAAUCUCAAGCUCAUGCACUGGUACUUUAAUCAGUGAAAGACAUGUCCUCACUGCCGCUCAUUGCAUUUAUCAUAAAAAAUCCAAAUACAGAUCCUUCAAGUCCAAGAUCACUGUUGAAAUACCAAAAGCAUCAGGAAAGUUUGACCAUGUAAAAGUUCUGAAAGUGCAUGCACCAGAGAUUUGGAAAAGAUAUGAAAAAGCUCAUAAACCAAAGCAUUAUGUAGACCAGGAUUAUGCUGUGUUGGAGUUGAAAAACCCUGUGUAUUCAACUUAUUUGACACCUCAAAAAAGCAGAGGAAGGGUUGGAUUAGGAAUACAGUAUAACGGUUAUCCAUCACGUAGUCAUGGACGAAUGUGGCAUUCUUCGUGCCGUAUUAACAAAGUUUAUAACAAAUAUACAUUCCUUAGUAAAUGCGGAGCAUCAUUGGGACUUCUGGCUCUGGUAUCUAUCACUCAAUUGGGGCUCAAAAGUACGCUGUUACUGCAGUGGUGAGCGCAAAUGUUAUUAUAAAAAAAGGAAGGCACUUUCAUUCUUUUGUCGUCAUUAAUAAAUUGACAAGACAUAAAGUACAUAAAAUUUGCCGUUGGGCAAAAAGACAAGACUGUCAGACAGGUUGAACUUGUUCAAUAAUCAUACAAACGAGAAGUGGAUUACUCUUAAAAAUUCGAGAAAUACACAGACAUCAGAACUAGUUCUACCUUGUCACUCAUUGUAGAAAUUCUAAAUGAAAAUGUAUGUAUAUAUUUAGAUAGAUCACGUUUAGCAAACGUAUUUAUUACUUUUCAUUUGGGUUGAAAUUACGUGAUAUUUCUAUUAACAGUGUACAUAUAGCUAUUAAUGAAUUCUAUCGUCAAAUAUAUUCUUAUACUUAAAGAGAAAAAAUUCA